AAGUCAAGCACUUUUGAUAAGGAAAUCUGAGAAAAAAAAUGAGAGCUCGCCGGAACAAUAACAAUAACAAUCACAAUAACAGCAGCGAAAUGGAGAAGACUGGAGUAACUGCGUCCAAAAGUCAGUGAUCGUCGAAGCGUGCGCUGCGAAACAUGUCGGCGCCUCCAACAAAAGUAGCUGAAAAAUCGGAAGGGGGUGCUCCUCAGGACUUGGAUUCUCCCAGAGAUUCAGGAUCAGGAGCACCCGCUUUCAUUGCCGCCCUGGAUGUGGGCACCACCUGUGUGCGGUGCUUCGUUUUGGACGAACGAUGUGUGGUCAGGGGAUCGGCCGUGGAUGCCGUGGAGCUACUGAACCCACAGCCGGGCUAUUUCGAAAUCGAACCGGAGAGCUUGUGGCGUAAAAUUGUAAAUGUUAUUAGGCUGGCGGUAAAAAAUGCCCAUCUGACACCUUUGGACAUUACCUGCCUCACGAUCUCCACGCAACGCUGUACCUUUCUCACCUGGGAUCAUCGCAGUGGCGAGUACUACCACAAUUUUAUCACCUGGAAGGACCUGCGCGCCGAUGAACUGGUGCAGCAUUGGAAUACCAGCUGGACAAAGAGCUCCAUGAAUUGGUUUUCCUAUGCCUUGUUCCUGUUGACCCGUCAAUCACGAUUCCUGGCCGGAAGUGUCCUUAAACUGAUGAAUGGCCAAGUUACGCCGAGACUGCUAUUCGAAAUAAUGCACAACAAGAAGCUGAAGCAGGCUUUGACACAGAAAAAAGCUCGUGUGGAACUGCUGGACUCGUGGAUCCUGCACAAGCUGAGAACAGGCCACAGUCGUGAUAAGGAUGUGGAACACAUAACCGAUGUAACCUCAAGCACGGCAACGGGAUUGUAUGAUCCCUUCACGCUCAGUUGGUCGCCGCUGAUCAGUUGGCUCUUUGGCAUCAAUUCUAAAAUCCUGCCCCGUGUGGUGGACAAUGGCUACAAAGGUUUCGGACAUGUGCAUCCUACAGCUUUGGGUUCGGAUUGGGCGAACACAAAGGUUCCCAUUGCAGCUUCACUGAGUGACCAAACGGCUGCCAUGUGGGGCUCCCAAUGCUUUAGGAACAACGAUGUCAAGGUCACCAUGGGCACUGGAGCGUUUUUGAAUUUGGUCACGGGUGAACGAUGUCAUGCAGCCGUCUCUGGAAUGUAUCCACUGGUUGCGUGGCAAGUCAAAAGCAAAGCCAUCUACUGCAUUGAGGGAGCAUCCCACGACUUUGGCACCGUGGUCACCUGGGCGCAAUCCUGCGAGCUCUUCGAGAAUCCUGCGGAUACCUCGGAUAUUGCAGAGUCUGUUUUCGACACUAAUGGCGUGUUCUUUAUGCCUGCCUUUAGUGGCCUGGGGCCCCCGGUGAACGAUUAUCGGUCAGCAAGUGGCUUCAUUGGCCUUAGUCCGUCCACCACAAAAGCUCACAUGGUGAGGGCUCUUCUCGAGAGUAUAGUCUUUCGCCUGGUGCAACUAAUCGAUGCUGCUGAAAGGGAAACCUCCCAGAAGCUUCAAAGGAUUAGAGUUGAUGGAGGCGUCUCCCGCAACGACUUCGUUUGCCAGUUCCUUGCCGAUCUCAGCCAGCUGAGUGUGGAGCGGGCCGAGAAUGCGGAGAGCAGCAUAAUGGGCGCCACAUUCAUGGCGGGCAUUAACCAUGGCAUCUGGAACAAUGUGGAGGAUCUCAAGUGUUUCCGGAAGGUGGAGCGGAUCUUUGAGCCGCGGCCGAAAGAGUACAAAACGAUAGCAACCCGGAUGGACAAGUGGGUCCAAGCAAUAGCCCGUUUCAGCGAGUGGUACUAGGUUGUACACUUUAAUUGUUUUGUAUGUUUUACGCGCUAGGGUCAUUAAAUACUUAGAAGGCUAGUGGUAGAAAAAA